AUGGGUAGCGGCAUUUUUCAGAACUUUCAAUGGCUGCUUGAUCUUCUGUUAAACAAAGGAAGCUCCUGUCCACGUAUAAUAGUUUUCUUUCGACAGAUCAGACAUCUUGCUGAAGUGUUUGAGUUCCAUCAAAUCCAUUUGCAGGAAAAACAAUACGCCAUGAAAGACAAUCAGGUAAACAGCUAUAGAAACAGAAUAUUUUCAAUGUUCCAUUUGACAACCUGCGACAAAAUUAAAGCAGAAGUGUGUUCAUCCUUCAGAGAUGAGAAUGGACUGAUUCGAGUUGUUCUCUGUUCAACAUCUUUCAGCAUGGGACUUGAUGUAAAAUGUGUCAACACUGAUACAUAUGGCCCAUCAAAUGACACCGACAACUACCUUCAAGAGUCGGGCCGGGCUGGCCGGGAUCCAGACAUAGAUUGCAAUGCAGUUCUGAUGAAACACAGAUACAGCAUGAACAUUGUUAAUAUAAGUUCAUCAAUGAAACAGUAUGUGACUACUGUUACCUGUCGAAGAAAACGGUUGAUGUCACCAUUUGUAACUGAAGAUUCAGACCUGACUGUGGAGCCACUUCACAAAUGCUGUGACAAUUGCACACGCCUAUGUAGAUGUCAAUGUAGUUGUUCUGACAAAUGUUCAUGUGUUGGUCCUGUAUGUAAUGGUGAGGAGUCUAGUAUUCUAAAGGCUAUUCGGCUAUCAAUGACCAAACCUCAGUCUGAUGAAGAUUCCAAUGAUAGUGAUGAGGAGUUAGAGGAACUGUACAAGAGAAAGCCCCAAAUAGUUUCUGACUCUGAGGAUUCUGUUUAA